AUGGAGAAGCAAAUUCUACUGGGAGAAGCUGGAGAAGAGAAACCUCAAAGGAUAUCAUGGCGAGUUUUGACUCAGGAAGCCAAGAGGACCGCUUACAUUGCUGGCCCUAUGGUGGCUGUAAAUUUAUCACAAUAUUUCUUGCAGAUUAUUUCCAUAAUGAUGGUUGGUCAUCUCGGCCAACUCUCUCUUUCUAGCACCGCCAUAGCUAUCUCCUUCUGCGGCGUCACUGGAUUCAGUCUCCUUUUUGGGAUGUCAAGUGCACUGGAAACUCUAUGUGGACAAGCUCAUGGAGCCAAGCAAUAUCGACAAUUUGGAGUUCAAAUCUACACUGCUAUAUUUUCUCUCAAUAUUGUUUGUAUCCCUCUCUCUGUCUUGUGGAUUUACAUGGGGAAAAUCCUAGUUUUCAUGGGCCAAGAUACUCUAAUCUCACAACAAGCUGCUAAAUUUUCUUCCUGUCUUAUUCCUGCACUCUUUGGCUACGCAAACCUUCAAGCUGUUGUUCGAUAUUUUCAGAUGCAGAGCUUGAUAUUUCCCUUGAUUAUAAGCUCCUUGUUUGCUGUUUGUUUCCACGUAGUCGUCUGCUGGAUUCUAGUGUUCAAUUCUGGACUUGGUAACCUUGGUGCAGCAUUUUCAAUUGGUAUUUCAUAUUGGGUUAAUUGGAUUUUACUUGCAUUAUACAUGAGGUUCUCUUCCAGUUGUGAAAAAACUCGUGUCUCAGUUUCCAUGGAGUUAUUCCAAGGAGUUGGACAGUUUUUUCGCUUAGCUAUCCCAUCUGCUGGAAUGAUUUGCCUGGAAUGGUGGUCAUUUGAGUUUCUUACAAUGCUUUCUGGGAUUUUACCGAAUCCGAGGCUUGAAACUUCUGUUCUUUCUGUUUGUCUAGCAACCAUCUCAACACUUUACACUGUACCAGAUGGACUAGGUGCUGCAGCAAGCACUAGAGUUUCAAAUGAAUUGGGAGCUGGGAAUGCACGAGCGGCCUAUGUAGCUGUCUGGUGCUCGAUGUUUGUCGCAACCACACUGUCAAUAAUAGUAAGCUCAAUCCUGUUUGCCAGCAGGCAUGUCUUUGGUUACAUUUUCAGCAACGAGAAAGAAGUCGUGGAUUAUGUCACGGACAUGGCUCCUCUUGUAUCCAUAUCUGUCAUCUUGGAGAGCUUCCAAGUGACCCUUUCAGGCGUUGCUAGGGGAUGUGGGUGGCAGAACUUGGGAGCUUAUGUAAAUCUAGUGGCAUACUAUAUUUGUGGAAUUCCAGUGGCAGCCGUGUUGGGAUUUUGGUUAAAGUUCAGAGGAAAAGGCCUUUGGAUUGGCAUACAAGUUGGUUCCUUUCUGCAAAAUGUUAUGCUUGUGAUCAUAACAUCCUGCACGAACUGGGAAGAACAGGCAAGAAAGGCAAGGGAGAGGGUCUUUGAGCGAAGAUCGAUAUCUGAAGAUGGAUCAGAGUGAAGGAAUAGUUCUAGCUAAGUGCAUCAGGGAACAUGCUUAAAAGCAAAAGAAUUAGAAUUUAUUUUAAGAAUUCGUUUAAAAUAAAUUCGUUUAUCUUAUAAAAUUGAUUUUUUAUGUUAGAACCCUUUUCCAGAAUGUGUGAAUUUUUGGAAUUUUUUUUA